AUGGCCCCACAGUUGGAAUUCUCCACUUUCUCCAAUGUGAUCAAUAAUCAAUUGACACAAACCACUGAAACUAGACAUGGAAUUAACCCCGCCAACGGUGAGCUCAACCCACCCGUGCCUGUUUCCGCUCAGAAUGAUCUCGACACAGCCACCAAGGCAGCUCGAGAUGCUUUCAAAACCUGGGCGAAGACUUCUUUCGAAGAGCGGAGACAGGCUCUGGGUGCGUGGGCAGAUGCCAUUGAGGCCAAUGCCGAGGGAUUCGCCAGAACUCUCACAAUGGAACAAGGAAAGCCAUUAACUCAAUCAUCUGUGGAGGUUGGAAUGGCAAGUUCUUGGAUCAAAGGUCUGACCUCAAUUGAAAUAAAGAACAACGUCAUUGAGGAAACCGAGGAUAGAACGGUUGUACAACGCUACACACCACUCGGUGUGGUAGGCGCAAUCGUUCCCUGGAACUUCCCUGUUCUUCUGGCUGUCGGUAAGAUUGCCUCGGCUGUCUACACCGGAAACACCGUUAUUGUCAAGCCAUCUCCGUUCACACCAUACUGUGACUUGAAGUUGGCUGAGCUUGCCAUUCCCUUCUUCCCUCCAGGCGUGAUCCAAUGUCUGAGCGGCGAUGAUUCCCUCGGUCCCAUGUUCACUGAUCACCAUGAGAUUGAUAAGAUUAGCUUUACUGGAUCGAUUAUCACCGGCAAACGGGUUAUGGCGUCGUGCGCCAAGACUCUCAAGCGUGUAACACUUGAACUGGGUGGCAAUGACCCUGCGAUUAUCUGUGAAGAUGUUGACAUCGACACCAUCAUUCCCAAGAUCGGUAUCCUUUCAUAUCUCUGCAGCUCGCAGAUCUGCAUGAUGAUCAAACGUCUUUACGUUCACGAGAAGAUCUACGACGAGUUCCUGGAAAAGCUAGUGGGCUUUGUCAAGACCCUGAAAGUCGGCAAUGGCACGGAGGCAGAUACAUUCUUCGGACCCGUGCAGAACAAGAUGCAGUUCGACAAAGCCAAAGACCUUUUCAGCAGUAUUACCACCGAGAACCUCCAGACUGCUCUGGGAGGCACGAUCGAAGACUCCACCGGAUACUACAUCCACCCAACAAUCAUCAACAAUCCCCCCGAAACCUCACGGGUCGUUCAAGAAGAGCCGUUUGCUCCAAUCCUACCUGUCAUGAAAUGGUCCGAUGAGGACGAGGUCGUCGGGCGUGCCAACGCUCUAGAAACUGGACUCGGCUCCUCUGUAUGGAGUAAGGAUUUCGAGCGUGCGACUCACAUUGCUGAUCAGCUUCAGUCCGGCAGUGUGUGGGUGAACAGCCAUUUUGAUCUUUCUCCUACUGCACCGUUCGGCGGUCACAAGAACAGUGGCAUGGGUGUGGAGUGGGGACUAAAUGGUUUGCUUGGAUAUUGUAACUCGCAGACCCAGUGGCUGAAAAAAAGUUUCUAG